AUGUCUGCAGCGCACGUACCACUUACCUCGCCAGAGAAUCUAGAAGGACUAUAUGACGGCCCUCCCAGGAAUGUGGCAUCUAUAGAUCACCUAAAAUUCGAUGACAAACUACAACCAAAAAACUACUCUAUUUUCGGGACAUCGCCGGAGUCAAAGAUACUCAUUACCGACGUCUGGAUUAUUGAUGCUACUGGGAACGAUCCUUAUCAUGGUGAUGUAUUGAUCAUUGGGGAAAGAUUCGCCCACGUGGGUAAAGUACCCGAGAAAGAUUCCUAUUUGAGAGAUCCCAAGGUCAGGGUGUUUCAUGGAAACGGCCGGACAUUGAUACCAGGCCUGGGUGAUGCUCAUACGCACAUGAGCUGGAAUGGAGGGGAUCUAGGCAGAUUGGGAGAGCUAGGAGUCGAGGAACACACACUAUUAACCGCCAGAAGUGCGCAGUGUUUUCUAGAUUCUGGAUAUACUAUGUGCUUCGGAGCAGCAUCAGCAAAGAAACGGCUGGACGUCGCGAUUCGCGAUGCUAUCAACUCAGGCGAUAUUCCGGGUCCUCGGUGUCUUGCCAAUGGUCAGGAGAUGGCGAAGAGAGGUGGUGAGCUGGUGGGUGGAAUAACCGCAUUCGCCAAUGGACCAGAUGAGAUGCGCGAAGUGAUCCGUGAACACGUUGCACUUGGAGUCGAUCAGAUAAAGCUAUCCAUGUCAGGAGAAUCAAUCACGGAGAUUCGAGAUGCCGAGGAAUGCUAUUUCACAAACGAGGAGACUCAAGCCUGUGUCGACGAGGCUCAUAAGCAUGGAAUCAGACUUUGUGCUCAUGCCAGGGCACGAGAUUCUGUCCGACAAUGCCUCGACCACGGUGUCGAAGUGAUAUAUCACGCCAGUUAUAUUGAUGGAGAAUCAAUGGAUAUUCUCGAAAAAAAGAAAUCGCAGCAUGUGGUCGUCCCUGCAAUCAACUGGCUCGUUGCAACGUUGUAUGAAGCUGGCGCAUUUGGGUACGCUACCGAGGUAGCUGAGAAAGCAGGUUACAAGAAGGAACUUGAUACCGCGAUUAUAGGUCUUCGAGAGAUGCAUCGACGGGGCAUCGUAGUACUUCCUGGCGGAGACUACGGCUUCGCUUGGACGCCACAUGGAACUUAUGCCCGAGACCUCGAGCAUUUCACAAAACUCCUCGGAUUCACCGCUCACGAAGCCAUUAUAGCCGCCACAUAUGGAGUCGCGAAACUAUUCAUGCGAUCCGACGAAAUGGGGCAAAUCAAGGCAGGAAACUUUGCUGAUUGCGUAGUCGUAGAUGGAGACCCCUUGAAAGAUAUUACUAUCCUGCAGGAUCAUGCAAAACUUGAUAUUAUCAUGAUUAAUGGCCGCGUCCACAAAGCAAGUCGCAAGGAGGUCACGCUGCAGCCGGAUCAACGGGUUUCAGACAAGAUAGCCAAGCGCGAGGUUCUUGAGAAGGUCGGGGUGACUGUUCCGAUGCAGGCAGCUCAUUGA